ACCAGUUUGACUGAAACGUCUCCGAAGCUCAUCCAAAUAUCGUCUUCCUCCUCCUCGAAACCAAAUCUACACUCUGCGUUCUCGUCGGGAGCACGAGAAAACCUAAAGAUCUGGUAUUUUCGUCAUCUGAUCUGAUCCGCCAUGGAAGAGAAGAAGGAAGAAACGAAGAACAAGAAUGUGAAGAAGGCCAAUCUGUUGGAUCACAACUCGAUCAAGCACAUCCUCGACGAGUCCGUCUCCGAUAUCGUUACGAGCCAUGGUUACAAGGAGGACGUGAGGCUGAGCAACCUGAAGCUGUUCUUAGGAGCGAUUAUCAUCGUGGUUGCUCUCGUUGCACAGUUCUACAACAAGAAGUUUCCAGAGAACAGAGACUUUUUGAUUGGAUGCAUCGCAUUGUAUGUAGUGCUGAAUGGGGUGUUGCAGCUGAUUCUGUUCACUAAGGAGAAGAAUGCGAUCUUGUUCACUUAUCCUCCUGAGGGAUCAUUCACCAGCACUGGUUUGGUUGUAUCUUCAAAGCUGCCCAGAUUCUCUGAUGAGUACACUCUCACCAUAGACAGUGCUGAUCCAAAAUCAAUCUCAGCUGGGAAGUCAGUUCAGUUCACCAAAAGUGUCACCCAAUGGUUCACCAAAGAUGGAGUUCUUGUUGAGGGUUUAUUCUGGAAAGACGUGGAAGCAUUAAUCAAGGACUAUGCAAAAGAAGAACCAAAGAAGAAGAAAUGAUGAUAUGUUUGGAGAAAAUAUGUUCUAUUAAACUUCAUAUGUUUCGGUUUACAUAAUUUAAAAAUCGAUUUAGACUUUUAUUUAGAGAUGUCAUUAAGAGUAUUCGAGUUUUUGUUAUAGCAAAAAAUUUCGAAAUA